AUGCGUGUACAUGGCAGCCCCCUUAGAAAAUGUGUAUACCUUGAUAUCGUACACAUUUCCCUGUGGAGGGAGUUUGGUAAGGUCAUUUUCUUCACCUAGCUCACAUGAAAAAACAAAGUCCAGAACAAAAAAUGGUGACCUUAUUAUCAAUUUCCAGGCAAUUUCGAUCACAAAAACGUCUAUCAUACAUCAUCGCCUAUUAGAUAAGCCAGAUAAAGGUGUGGCCGAGCAACAAAACCAGAACCACCAUUUCAUCACACAAAACAGUACGCACCACUGGAAUCUCGAUCAUCAUGGAAAUGAAUGAUGAAAUCAAGACUAUCUUCAAGAUAGGCCUCUCGGUCCUGGCAUCUCUAAGCUACACCUAUUUCAUAUCUUCUAAGAUCCCCCAAGGCAAACUCAGAUUCUUCUCCCUCCUUCCUAUCUUCUACCUAUUCUUCAUCCUCCCUCUAUCUCUAUCUACAGCUCUCCCCGCCGGAGUUAUUUCCUUGUUCGUCACCUGGGUUGGUACCUUCAAGCUCCUCCUCUUCUCCUUUGGGUCGGGCCAGCUUUCGUCUCAACCACCAAAGUCUUUCCUCCACUUCAUCUUCAUUGCUUGCCUCCCAAUCAAAACCCAAAGCUCAAACCAGAGAAGCCCCGAAAAGUCGUCCCCAGUUUCAGGGAAACCACCCAAAGUCCCUCUGAAUUUUCCAACCAAAGUCGUGCUUUUUUCUAUUUUGGUGGCUCUGACCGACUACAAACAUUACUUGCACCCCAAGCUUUUGUUAGUCCAAUAUGGCUGCAUGUUGUACUUUUUCGUGGACAUAAUCGUCGGCUCCUGCAAUGUUCUCAUGCGAGCGGCUCUUGGGAUCGAGCUCGAAUCACCGUCCGAUGAGCCGUACCUCUCGACAUCGCUGCAAGAUUUCUGGGGCCGUAGGUGGAACCUCAUGAUAACGAACAUUCUGCGCGACACCAUAUACAAACCCGUACGGUCAGCCAUGGUGGCCUUCGUAGGGAGCGAGUGGGCGCAACUACCGGCCGUGUUGGCCGUCUUUCUAGUGUCGGGUUUAAUGCACGAGCUCAUAUAUUACUACAUGACCCACGUGACUCCCACGUGGGAGGUCACGCUGUUCUUCAUUCUUCAUGGAGUGUGUUUGGUGGUGGAGGUCGGUAUGAAAAAGGUUUUAGCUCCAAACUGGCGGUGGCAUUGGGCCGUGUCUGUCCCGAUGACACUCGGCUUCGUGGCUGUCACCGCCAUUUGGCUGUUCUUCCCGCCGUUGGUGAGGAAUGGCGUGGAUGCAAAGGCGAUCGAAGAGUGCAAGGAAUUAUUAGAAUUCAUAAAGGAAAAGUUAAAAUUGGAUUGUUUGGUUUCAUGGGCAUCUCUUUCCUCGGGUCAUUAGGAUAAGUAGCUUGUACGAUUCUGCAAGUUUAGAGAUCACACAAAAAUUUAAAUGAAGUUUAAUUGUAACAAAAAUUAGUAUCGCAAUAAUAUUUCGAUAUAAAGUAAGAUGUUUGUAUGA